GCGAGUGGGGAGGGAUGCACCUUAAGAGACUAAAGAUCGGUGCGAGCCGGGGUCCGGUGCUGGCUGGACCGGACUGGUUGGCUGGGCGGAAGCUGGAUUUGCUUGCACCCGGGGCCGCUGGAAAGCCACGGAUAUAUGGCCCUUCCCGGGGAGCCUGGGGUCAACCCCCUGGUCAAGUACCUGCUCUUCUUUUUCAACCUGCUUUUCUGGGUGAUUUCCGUGGUGUUGGUGGCUGUCGGGAUCUAUGCGCGUCUGUUCAAGCAUGGAGAAGCAGCCGUGGCUUGUCUUGCUGUGGAUCCAGCCGUCUUGCUCGUGGUCAUUGGGGUCCUGAUGUUCUUCAUCACUUUCUGUGGCUGCGUGGGCUCCCUGCGGGAGAACAUCCCUUUGCUGCUGAUGUUCUCCUUCUGUUUGGCCCUCCUCUUCCUGUUACAGCUGGCUGCGGGCAUUCUCGGAUUCGUCUUCUCAGACAAGGUGCGAGAGAAGAUGAGUGACAUGGUCAACAACGCCAUUGUGCACUACCGAGAUGACUUGGAUCUCCAGAACCUGAUCGAUUUUGCUCAGAAGGAGUUUGGCUGCUGUGGGGGCGUCUCCUACAGAGACUGGUCCCAAAACAUGUACUUCAAUUGCACACCCCAAAAUCCCAGCCGGGAAUUUUGCUCGGUGCCUUAUUCCUGUUGCCGGCAACCGAAAGACCAGUUGGUCAUCAACACCAUGUGCGGUAAAGGAGUGCAGACCCUCAGCUACCCCGUAGCCGGUGAAGUCAUUCACACCAACGGCUGCAUCGAUCGGCUGGUGGAUUGGAUGCAUAGCAACCUUCUGCUCAUCGGGGCCGUGGCCCUGGGCCUCACACUCCCCCAGCUGAUUGGCAUCUUGCUAUCCCAAGUCCUGGUCAGUCAGAUCAAAGACCAGAUCAAGUUCCUGAGCUAUAACCAGCGACAUCAGACCGAUUACUGGUAGCCAAGGACAGGCAUCAAAGGAGCCCCUUGGUUGAGGAGCAGAAGAUGUCCAGGAACUUCCUGCUUGGGUGUCUUCAGGAACUGGAAAGAUCUCCAUCCAGCUGAACUUCGGAGGUGGACACAACCUUCUCCCUUUCUCCUGAAUUUCGGAAGAAGAUCCCCCAAAAGGUGGACUUUGAAGGAGCAGGAUAGGAAGAGCGUUGACCAGGUUUUGAACUUGGGUGUUGGAGAAGACCUCUUAGAACGGGGGGUCUCCAACCAUGGCAACUUUAAGACUUGUGGACUUCAACUCCCAGAGUUCCUCAGCCAGCUUUUUUUUUUUUUUUAGAAUUUUUUUAUUGGCCAAGUGUGAUUGGACACACAAGGAAUUUGUCUUGGUGCAUAUGCUCUCAGUGUACAUAAAAGAAAAGAUACCUUCAUCAAGGUACAACAUUUACAACACAAUUGAUGGUCAAUAUAUCAAUAUAAAUCAUAAGGAUUGCCAGCAACAAAGUUACAGUAAUACAGUCAUAAGUGGAAAGAGAUUGGUGAUGGGAGCGAUGAGAAGAUUAAUAGUAGUGCAGAUUUAGUAAAUAGUUUGACAGUGUUGAAGGAAUUAUUUGUUUAGCAGAGUGAUGGCCUUCGGGGAAAAACUGUUCUUGUGUCUAGUUGUUCUGGUGUGCAGAGCCCUACAGCGUCGUUUUGAGGGUAGGAGUUGAAACAGUUUAUGUCCUGGAUGCGAGGAGUCUGUAAAUAUUUUCACAGCCCUCUUCUUGAUUCGUGCAGUAUACAGGCCCUCCAUGGAAGGCAGGUUGGUAGGAAUAAUCCCCAGGAACGACCAGCUCCUCCCUGCCGCGCCCCGCCCAGCAACCAGCCCUUCCCUGCUGCCCCUCCAGAAGCCAGCUUGCCGAGCCCCCAGCAAUCCGCCCCUUCCUGCUGACACUCCCCCAGCGGCCAGCCCCUCCUUCCUGCCCCCCCCCACAACCAGCCCCUCCCUUCUUGAACCCCCCCCUCCGGUGGCCAGCCCCUCCCUGCUGACGUGCCCAGGGAGGUGCUUCUGGAGUUGCCUGAGAGCAGUGGGCGGGCAGGGGGACCACCCAGGCGAGCCCAGCCUUUCCCAGCAAGGAGGUGGGGGGGGGCUCUGGAGAGAGUGGGGCAGCCUCUCCCUCCCCCCCAUCUGUUUUGAGUCCAGCUGUGUCACGACAGAGGCUGGCCAGGCAGAGGAAAAGGACACCCAGCCGGCCGACAGAGGGGUGGGCUCCUCCUGGCCAAGGCAAGGGGGGCCCUGGGUUGUGACCCCUGGAUAGAUCCGCUGGGUUGUUCCAGAGCAGCGUCCGGCCAAGGGGGGUCCCCUCCAAUGCCCCCUCCAACCCCUGAAUUGGGGUCUCUCCCCCAUUUCCAUGGGCUGCAUCCAAAGAUGCAGAGGGGUCUUUUCCCCCAAUUUCUAGCAUCCGUUGAAGUCGGGGAUUCCCCAAAGUCAGGAACCUGGGGGAAUAACCUGAACUUUUACAACUGUCUCUUGGCCAAGGGGUGUGUGUCAAAAAAGUCAAGAUGGCGGCCGGCACUGCAACAUCUGUCAACAUCUGUUUGGGUGUGUUGUUUUUUUUUUGACCCAGAUUUGGCAAAUUUCGGGCCAAGAUGGAUCAUUUGCAGGGUCCUUUGCAAAGGAAGCGAGGGAGAAGAGGAGGGGUCAGGGGACGAGGCCCUCCCGUGUCUUGGGUUCGAGUUCCGCUCUCCGAAAAGUUGAUCACGCCGUUUGUGAUUGUUUUCAAUUUGUUUCUGGCUGGGGAGCUCAAAAGUUAGAUUGGUCCUCUUAUUUUAUUUAUUUUCUACGACCAGAACGUUUUGUAUUAAAAAAUAUA